GUGGGGCACCAGUGACUGAGGAAGCCGCCACGAUGGCCCCGAGGGCCCAAGACAACCCAAGAGGUGCCCAAGAUGCUCCCAACGAGCCGUAGCCAUUUGUUUUGCCCAGUGGAGGUCUCCAGGUUGGUAUCGUGUCUGGUCCCUGGCUGAACAGCCCCCCGCCGCCAUGCUCUGCGCCAUGCUUCAGGAUGGUGGGGCGGCUCUCGCCGAGCACGGGACGGGGAAGGUGGCGCGCCCUGAGCCGGACGGGAUCAGCUUGGCCCUCACGCGAUGCCCAACGGAAGAGCUGGUCGCCUUCUCCGUCGACGACGGCCAGGACGCCAACGCGCACGAGACGAGCCGGGGCGCCACCGCAAUGCCGAAGGACGGCGACGAGCUGGCGCUCCUCGAGGCGGCGUCCCUCGCCGACCCGCGCCCUCGCCCCCCCAGGCGCCUCAGGUCCGCGGCGUACUGGGAGCAGAAGGCCGCCGCCGUCGCCGCCGAGUGGCCCGCGCGUUCGCCUUGGGAGCUGGGCGUGAGGCCGCGCCGCCCGUGCCUCGACGAAGGUUGGAGAGGUCUGGCCGGCAGCCGCGAAGGGCACCGCCUCGGGCCGGCGGCGCCCGCGGCCCCCGCGGCGCCGGCGGCGGGGUGCGCCGAGGGCGGCGGCGCGGUGGGCAGCCCCGGGAGCUGGGCGGGCGCCAUCUCGGGGGCGCUUCGCCGCGAGGCGCGCGGGCCUCCCGCGCCGCCGGGGUCGCCCUCGGCGGCGCGCGGGGCCACGCCGAGCUCGCGCGGCUGAGCUCGAGCAGAAGGCGGUGGUGAGCCCAGGGGGAGGAACAGGAGGAGGAGGAGGAACACCACAUUGGCACAAACUGUCGAUGGCUCGCGCGGGUUUCUCGGAUCUGCGCCAGGCCGCCCGGGCGGCGCCGGAUGCGCCGCCCCCUGGCGCGCUUUGCUUUUCAGGAUUGUUCAACUAAGGGAUUCGGGAUGACCCGAAGGUUUUGUGCCAGCCACUCCACUACAGCCGCUGCACUACACGGCUUGGUUUCUGAUCCCGAUUUGCAACCGAUGUGCCGUCUAGGAUUUGGUCUCCACUGUCGGGCAUGGUCCCGGUGUGCAACCGAUGUGUAGUCUAGGCACGGUGCCGUCUAGGCACGGUUCAUAUUUUUGCAAUACGACUCAAGGCUACGAUCUGUCAGAGGUUCGGCGCUUCACGCGUUAGGACGUGAGGUCGUGGUUCCACCCACGGUGUUGGGUGUAGUGCCGUCUAGGUACGAUGCCGUCUAGGCACGGUGCCGUGUAAUCGCGUCACGCUGCGGCGGAUCAUGGAAACGGACGAAGGCAGGCCAUUUGUCCAGGGACCUGUCAGCCGCUUGACAUUAAUACUGCUUGAUACGCAGCUCCAUCCACAGCGUCAAACGCACCAUCGGAAAAGUUUAGCACGAAUCGCUGUACAGUCUGCCGAGUGUCAGGUGCAGGUUUCGUUGGAAGCGCCUCAGCGCCCACAUUUUGUAUGACGAGCUUCUGAGACUCUCUCAGAGGUUCUGGCAUUCUGUCUCACCAUCUAUGGCUUUGGCGACAAGAUGUCUUGCACAGCGUUGGCAACUCCGUGGUCUUCAUUCUCCUCCUCCUGCUCCACAUCCUGAUCCUGUGUCCCCGUCCUCUUUCUUGGGCGCUUCGGCCCUAUUCCCUAACACCGAUGCCAGUACCUGUGGUUGACCGAGUCUCGCCGCUCGGGGCUCCCGCCGUGUUGCCCGAAAACUUUGCUCUGACAACGUGUACAGUUCGAAUGUGCUCGUGCUCGGCCGGGUACAUUGCCUCAUGCUGCGCUGCGAUGUAAACGUGUUCGGCCCAUCACCGUUCCCGUGGAGCCGUUCCAUCGCCGCGCCGCCGCUCCGUCUGGUUUUUUUUGGAAGCGCUGCAGCGUCCACAAUUGCUCUCGCGCUCAUUAUCGCCACGGCCAGUUAGGGCCGAGCCUCGGGAACUUCUCUUCGGCUCUGGCACCAUGUCUCGCCGCUGUGGUGUUGGCAACAACUUGUUCACGCUGCGCCUAGUGGUGGCCCCCCCCCUUCUUUAUUCCUCCUCCUGCUCCUCUCGAGGGCGACGGCGAAUAACUUUUUCUUUCCGCCUUGCGUGCACACCGUCCCCGUCGGAAAAUAUCAAUUUCAUGUCCUGUUGUCCACUCUUUUCGCCUCAGGGGCAGCGAGGAGUUUCGCUACGCCUUGUUCGCGCACCCUUGGAUUACUGACCAGGCAAGUAUGCGCCAAGCGAUGCGUCUCUACCAGGAUACCUCGUCAAUGUUCGCUUCUCGGACCCAAGGAGUCAGGUUGGUACGUUGUACGUGUGUGGUGUGUUGAACGGCGAAUGGC